AUCUUUGCAUCAUCUCCUCCAGCGGAUAGUCCUUCGUGUAACGAAGUGAUGAUAUCUGAUUCCUAAUCUGCUUAUCUAUGUUUCGAGUGAACUUUUCUGUCGUGACCCAUAUACCAUCAUGCUUCCGUGAGUUUUGUUCUUUCCAAACAGAGUAAAAGUCAUCCUUCUUAAGCACAUGAUCAAUACGAUUUCACCAACGUUGAGUUGGCCUAGUGGUAAAGGAGUUACGGUUGUAACUACCGCUAAACGGAUUUAAUUCACGGUAGGAGGGAUUAUUUAUAAUGUUUGGUUCCCGGUAAGGAGGUAAAACCACCUUUUUUUUUUACCAAAACAAAAAAAACCAAUACGACUUCGAGCAAGUUGCAAGAGUGAAGCUACUGUAUCGUUCCAAUCAGGGGUGAUAACGCUAUGUAUAUAUUUUUGACAAAUCUGAAAUUUUAUUUUCUACAUCCGGAUCUAUUUUCUAAGAUAUUCAUAUCAUAAACUGCAUUUUAUCCUUAUUAAUUUAAUAUAGUUAAAUAAUCAUAUAAAAGUAAAUUCUGUGAUUUUAUCUUAUAUCUUCAAUGAUAUUUUACACAGAUCAAUAUUUUUAUUUACCUGAAUGAACUUAUGGUUUAGUUUGAAAAUUGGUUCAUGUGCGUUUUUAUUCAAUUUAUUAUAAUUUUCAUAAAAUAUUAUAAUUUUAUAAAAAUAAUCUAGACAAACAAGACAAAACUGGAAAACAAAAUCUCUUUUUAUAUAUUUCCCCAUGUCUAUUCUACAACUAAAAAUAUGAUUUCUAUAUCCUUUUUUGUGCUGCUAAAUAAAGGAUUUCAUUACAUGAAAAAGAUAGGUUUCCAAAAUAUUAGAAACGUUACGCCAUCAAAUACGAAACCCAUUAUUAUUCGGAGUCGCUGAGAGUUGCGAAUUACACGCAAUUAAUUAAUAAAAAUAAAAAACCUUGUAUAUAUAUAUAUAAAUACAGUCUAAAAAAAAAAACAAACCAUAAUAAAUAGAUAAAGAAGAGACACAGUUGUAGCUUUGUUCUAGGGUUCUUCUUAUUAGCCACCCAAAUCAUCGCGCCGCUUCUCUCUUUUUUUCUUCUCUGAGUCACGCUUCCCGAAUUGAAUCUGUAGAUCUAGCGAAUCGUAUUUGAUCAUCGUCUGUUUGAAUCUGAUAAACGGAUAAUCGAAUUACCUGGAAAAAAAUAAAUUCGAUUUUUCUUUUUAGAUCUUUGAGAUUAAUAUGAAUAUUAUGAAGAGAUCGAAGAAAUCGAGGGUUUCUUGGCCAUCAGGUCCUAAGCUUUGUCAGGUUAAGAUGUUUCGAACUGAGGACUGUCCGGCCAAAGUUGCUUCUCAGCCACAACGUCUUAACUACCCAAAGCAAUCACCUGGGAGACGUCAAGUCCCAGAUCUUCCACCUGGUUUCGAAGGGAAUCACUAUGCAGAGAAGAUUAGUGUCUCAACCAUUCCUCGGAUCAAAUGGAAACGACCUGCUAAGUUCAUAGUCAGUGGUGCUUGGCUAAUGGGAGAUGGUGGCGAGAGUACUGAAAGGCGAACUGAAAACUUGAGGAUUUCUAAAGUGUUGGAAGCCCUCUACCCUCAUCGCUCUACCAUCCCUUCUCGACCGUCUGUUUCACCGGUUGUUGGAGCAGAAAGCUUUGACGACAGCAAAACACCCACCAUCCGUCUCACUCCAAUCGAGGACGAGUCUGAAUCUUCAGAAGAAUCAUCCAACACUACCGCAAACAAGCAAAAUCCGUUGGAGACCAAACCUCAGUGUGCAAUCCAAGAACUGGUUUCUGGUCCUGCACCAGAGUUGAGCCUCGCUGCUGCUUCUGCAGCUCUUGCCACACUGAUGAAAACCAAGGAACAAGGGAGUAUGAUCGAUCCUGAUCUACUUAUCAAACUCCUCAGCGACCCGAAAAUGAUCAAGAAUCUCAUCACUGACACAACAGGUAAAUCCUCUGCACCUAAGAAUCAGCCCCUUGAGACUAAUACCAUCAACCCUACUAGGCUUGUUCCGGAACAUGCCACUGCCUUACCCAUGACAAAGCCACAGCCAACAAUAAUACCUCAAAAACAGGGUUUCACAGCGUCUCAGCCUGUUACUAACCCUGAGCAGAGGCGAGUGUCACCACCUAAGACUGAGCAGAGACGAGUGUCACCACCUAAGCCUGAGCAGAGACGAGUGUCACCACCUAAGCCUGUAAACCAAAACAUAUCCCCACUAAAUCAGAUCAAUAGAAACCCGGUUAGUAUACCAAUGUCUGUUCAACCAUGUGUUACGCAACCAUCUCUACCAGCUCGUAUCCCGUCGAGUUCUCUACCAAUGAACGUUAACCCCCACCAGAGACCUCCACGUGUUUUCUCUGAACCAAAGGUAACAAUGAAUCCUCCUCACCACAAUCCUGCAUACCGCACUCCUGAAAUGAACAUUGUUCAGGCACCAGUUGGAUUUGGAAGGGGUCCUCAAACUGGUUUCAACAAUUAUCCAAUGAACUUAAACCGGACUGGUAAACCGGUAGUGCAACCAAUGAAGAGUGAUGACUAUUUCAAAAACCUUAUAAGGGAACAUGGUACCGUGAAUCAUGAAACUAACCAAUACCAUUCACAAAAUGGAAAAUUCAAUGGACGCUUUGAUCAAAAUAAGGUUCAGAAACAGUGCAUGUACUAUGGCACUGCGAGAGGUUGUCAGAUGGGUGAUAGAUGUGUCUGUCUGCAUGACCGAUUGAGACCUAAUUUUGAAGCCGAGGCUCCAGGGGCUAAGAGGUUGAAGUUUGGAAGCUAUGAUAGAAAUGGUUUUUGAACAUAUAAAUUCUGACUCUUGAUUCAUUCCAAAUCACCAAGUAGAAUUUUUUUUCUUUAGUAAAAAAAAAACCUGAGUUGAAACAGUUUCAAAUUUGAUUAAUUUUUGUGCAUCAA